AUGUCAAACGACCUGCCAGGUGUCGAAAACGAUCUGAUAUCUGUGGUCAACAACGGAUUAUUCCCAAGCUUAUCUCCAAGUGCAUUUAAUCAAGCGAAUACGGACCAAGCGUUAGAUGAUGGAUAUUCACAAAUAGCAACUGAAGAAUCUAUAGAACAAUUCAGAACUGUAUUUAGAAGAUCUGAACAAACAGGGGGCAUCCCUCUAGAAGAAAUCGAUUUAUCACUAGCUUCCUCAGGAGAUGAUGAUGAUUCUAGAGCGACUGGUGCAGAUUUUGGUUCAUCGUUUAAUGGUAAUGACGCUGAAUCAGUGCGAUCAGAUUCAUAUUCGGUUGAUUCAUCAAUCUUGAAUCGAAUAGCAGACGAUAUAGUUAAGGAUAAUCCCAUACCUGAUAGUGGAAGGUUUAAAUUCCUUCGAUAUUAUGAACGAUUAAGUAAAGAAAGAAACAAGCAAGCUCAUGUUACAACUAUAUUAGACAAUAUGAAGAAUGAAGGAGAUAUCCCAUUACAAUCCGUCCCAUCUAGUAGCAGUUCUAUUUUCAAUAUAUCAAAACUAGAUGAUUUUAACAAAUAUGUCAAAGAAACAGCCUUGAACGAUUCAAUCUAUGCCAAAGUUAAAAAGAAACUUCCUCAUACCCAUGAACUGGAUCAUAAUGUCCUCAAUGUGAUACCAGAAUCAGAUCUAGCUGAUAAUUUCUACGCUGGAUUUGAAUCCGAACAACAAAAAACUCGCAAGCAAUCAAGAUUAAAACAUUACUGGCAUAAUAAAAAACAUACCGCAAGUCAUUCAGCCACUCGAAGUGAUAUAAGUGGACUUAAUUUCGAAACCGACCUUAACAGUCCAAAUUCCGACCAAUCAUCCACCCAAAAUGAAAAACAUAGACGAUUUCUUAAACGUGGAUUAAAAGUACGACACCUUCAAAUGAUCUCUUUAGGAGGGACAUUGGGUGUUGGAUUAGUAUUAAAUUCAGGAAAAGCAUUCACUAUAGCAGGAGGAUUUGGGACAACAUUGGCGUUUUUCUUAGUUGGUGCUAUUAUAUUGGCCACGAUGGUAUCAUUUUGUGAAAUGGUCACGUUUGUAUCUGUGGUAGAUGGAGUUUCUGGAUUAAGUUCCCGAUUUGUUGAUGAUGCAUUUGGAUUUGCUGCUGGUUGGUUAUAUUUCUUUUCAUUUGCAUUUGGAGUUGCUGGAGAGAUUGUGGCAGGGGUGAUUAUGUUAUCAUAUUUCCCGAAUUUGAAGACGACUAGCAAUCCUGCGUCCACGGGUGGGUUUGUAACUGUUUUCUUAGUUUUGAUGGUUCUGAGUAAUUUAUUGGAUAUUCGUAUAUUUGGUGAGAUUGAAUAUAUUUUGAGUUUUAUCAAAUUGUUAUUCACAUUUAUCAUGAUGAUAGUUAUGGUGGUAUUAAAUCGAGGUGGGUUUGGUAAUGAUGUACUUGGGUUUAAAUAUUGGACAUAUCUGAAAUCAGAUUUUGCAAAUAAUAUAAUAUUUGGACUUUUUAGACCAUCAUUUAAUUUGCAUGAUGAUACAGGUACAACUCCACCCGACGAAGGAAUAGGUGGGGAUUUAGGAAGAUUUAUGUCUUUGGUGGUUGCGAUUUUAGUCGUGUGUUAUUCGUAUAGUGGAACUGAAAUAGUUUGUAUUGCCGCUUGUGAAGCCCAAAAUCCAAGAAAGGCACUUCCAUCAGCCACCAGAAGAGUCUUCUGGCGUAUUAUCAUAUUUUAUUGUUUAUCCUCAUUUUUAGUCUCAUUGAAUAUUUAUGCUGGUGAUCCAAGAUUGUUAAGAUAUAUCCGAGGUGCUGGAUUAAGUCAACUGGACUUUGCCAACAAUCCUGCUAUUGCGCUAGCAGGUGGUAUGCAUUGUAAUUAUGAUGAUGGCUUAUUUGCAGGAUACGGAAGUGGUGCUCAAAGUCCCUGGAUUGUUGCUCUUCAGAGUGUGGGACAAUGUAAUUUUAGUGCAUUUGUUGAUGCCAUGUUGGUGUUUUUCGCGAUUAGUUGUGGUAAUGCACAAUUAUACGUUAGCUCAAGAACGGUUUAUUCAUUGGCACUUCAAGGAAAAGCACCCAAAUUCUUAACUUAUUGUAAUAGAUAUGGAAAUCCAUAUUAUUCGGUGUUAUUUGCUGGAAGUUUUGGCUUAUUGGGAUAUUUAUGUAUAUCUGAAUCUGCCACAUCUGUAUUCCAAAAUUUAACUAGUAUAGUUGCCGCAUCCGUUAUUGUGGCAUGGUUUGCUAUGUGUUUAGCAUUUGUGAGAUUUUAUUUCGGAUUAAAGAGAAGACCAGAUAUUUUAAGUAGAGAUGAUAAGUCAUAUCCCUAUAAAUCACCAUUUCAACCAUAUACAGCCAUAGGUGGACUAAUUGGCACAGGAUGUAUAAUGUUUUCCAUGGGAUUUGUGGUAUUUUUAGAAGGAGAAUGGAAUACAAUGUUUUUCUUUUCUAGUUAUGGUACCUUGAUGGCAUUUGCUAUAUUAUAUUUUAGUUAUCGAAUAGUUAAAGGCACGACUAUACCUAGUUUAGAUCGAUUAGAUUUUGAUUCUGGAAGAACCGAAAUGGAUCGAUAUAUUUGGGAUGGAGGAAGAGAUUAUAAUGUUAGAAGUUUUAAAGAUGUUGCAAGUCGAUGGAUAUCCUUCCUUGCAUAA